GGCCGAGCAAGCCGCGCGCACACCAAGAGAGAGGCGUCUCACCAAGCGACCUCCUCGCCUCAUUUCCUUGGCAUCUAUCGCUUGUCUGAUCUGAUCCCCCACCCUUGGAUCGCCUGUUCGUCUCGGCAAACCGAGAUUUGUUACCGCGUCGUCAUCACCAUGGUUGGGAGCAGCCCAAUGCAGGCGGUGCUGGUGGCCCCCGGCGUCAAGGACAGGAAGGUGCUCGCGUUCGAGCGCAGCGGCGCGCUCAAGGACAAGGACGCCGCCACCGGUCUCGUCCGCGCCAUACUCGCCGCCAACCCGGCCCAGCGGAGCGCCUUCUACGUCUUCGACCUCGCCAAGGUCAUCGACCUCUUCAGGGCCUGGCGCCGCGCGCUCGCGGGCGUGCGCCCGUGCUACGCCGUCAAGUGCAACCCGGACCCGGCGCUCCUCGGCGCGCUCGCGGCCCUCGGCGCGGGAUUCGACUGCGCCAGCCGCGCCGAGAUCGAGGCCGUGCUCGCGCUCGGCGUCCACCCCCGCGACAUCGUCUACGCCAACCCCUGCAAGCCCGAGCCACACCUCGAGUACGCCGCGGAGGUCGGCGUCAGCCUCGCCACCUACGACUCCGAGGAGGAGGUGGCAAAGGUCAAGCGCUGCCACCCCGGCUGCGAGCUCCUGCUCCGCCUCAAGGGCCCCGACGGCGGCGACGUCAGGGUCGACCUGGGCACCAAGUACGGCGCGCACGCCGACGAGGUCGUGCCGCUCCUGCGCGCCGCCCAGCGCGCGGGAGUCAGCGUGGCCGGCGUCUCCUUCCACGUCGGGAGCGGCGCCACCAACCUCGGCGUCUACCGCGGGGCCAUCCAGGCCGCGCGCGCGGCGUUCGACGCCGCCGCCGCCCUCGGCAUGCCGCCCAUGCGCGUCCUCGACAUCGGCGGCGGGUUCGUGUCCGGCCCCACCUUCGACGACGCGGCGGCGGUCAUCAACGACGCGCUCGCGCAGCACUUCGGGGACCUGCCGCGUGUCGAGGUCAUCGGCGAGCCCGGUCGCUACUUCGCCGAGACGGCGUUGACGCUGGCCGCGCGCGUCAUCGGGAAGCGCACCCGCGGCGAGGUGCGCGAGUACUGGAUCGACGACGGGCUCUACGGCUCGCUCAACUGCAUCAUCAUGGACCACUACGUGCCGACCCCGAGGCCGCUCGCCAGCCCGCGCCCUGGCGAGAAGACAUACACUUCGACGGUGUUCGGGCCAACGUGCGACUCCCUCGACACGGUGGUGACCGGGUACCAGCUGCCGGAGAUGAGCGUCGGCGACUGGCUCGUCUUCGACGACAUGGGCGCCUACACCACCGGGGCCGGUUCCAACUUCAACGGCUUCGCCACGUCGGACAUAAAGAUCUAUGUUGCAUACUCCAGCUGAGAGUGAACAUCGACGACGUUGGGAACUUGGAUUAAUAUAUUUUUUCUUUAAUCUUUUUAGACCAGAAAAACAUAUAUAAUAUGGUCUUUCACUAAACUGUUGUUUCUUUUAUUUUUUAGGAAAUAUAAGUUGUUCUUUCAAUGUACUUUGUUCUAUUUGAUUUGACAUGUAUCGAUCGUCAUGAAUCGAUUUUUUUCCUG